GUCCAACACCCGCCCCAUCCCCGCUUUCGCCUGCCCGCGCGACAUACCUUCCAGCGGCGGCACAGCACAGCAGCGCCUGCGACUCUACUCAGCUACACAUUCAUAGCUCGCGCGUCCGCGCUGCACCGCGCCAUGCCCAGCAGCUCGCUGCCCCAGUGGGGCCGAGUGCUCAUCGCCGGCGGCACCGACUGGCCGAACCUAGGCCGCAAGCCGACGGGCCCCAAGGUGGUCAACGAGGCUGCGCCCGACCUGCACUCGCCGCACAUCCUCCGCGCGCUCUCCAACAUCCGCAUCACGCGCGUCUUUACCUCUCACUCCUCGUCGCACUCCGUCUUCCUCGCCGUCGAUGGCCGUGCCUGGAUGCUGGGCCGCAACGAGCGCGGCCAGUGCGGCGUCGACGCGGCGGCGCGCCCCGCGCUGCACGUGCCGCACAUGCUGGCGCCCGGCGACUUUGAGCCGCCGCUGCCGGAGGGCGAGGACGGCCACAUCGUGUAUGCGGCCACGGGACGCACCCACACGCUGCUCGUCACGGCUGCCGGCGCGGUGUACUCGGCGGGCGACAACAAGCUGGGACAGUGCGGACAGGACAAGCUGGGAGACAUCCUGCGCUUCAAGCGCAUCGAUGGGGCUGCUUACACGAAGGAGAAGGACGGCGCCGUGGCCGUGUCGUGCGGUCUGGGCUUCAGCCUGAUCUUGACGCGCUCGGGCAAGGUGUACGCCAUGGGCUCGUCCGAGAAGGGCCAGCUGGGCAACGGCAAGACGGGCGAGCACUUCGUCAGCGCCAACAAGCUGGCCUUCGCCACGUACUCUGAGCCGACCCUGGUCCGUGCGCUGGCGGACAAGAAGAUUGUGCAGAUCGCUUGCGGCCAGCAGCACUCGAUUGCCCUGGAGGACAACGGCUACGUGUACGUCUGGGGCUUUGGCGGCUACGGACGGCUAGGCACGGGCACGCAGCACGACGUGCUUGUUCCGCAGCUGGUCACGCAGUUCGCGCGUGACAACACGAUGACGCGCGCCACGGCUGUCUUCGCUGGCCCGACGUGCAGCGCAGUGAUUGACGGACAGGCUAUGUACUACGUCGCGGGCAAGUGGAAGACGUCCGGCGACGGCGGUGCUGGCCAGGGCUACAUGACGUUCAAGUAUCUGCAGGAGCUCAUGGGCGUGCACUGCCUCAAUGCCGCGCUCGGCGGCGUGACGCUGCUGGUGACGGCACGCGAGCUCGAGACGGCCAACACGGGCCCGCAGGAGGCGACGAUGAACGUCUGCUGGGGCCAGGGCGCCAACAACGGCGAGCUGGGCGUGGGCCUCGGCAAGCCCAAGAGCGCGACGAAGCCGCAACGAUGCGAGACGCUCGACCGCAUUGCUGUGCUGGACGUCGGCGCUGCGCAGAACACGACUUUCUACGUCGUGCGCAACAUGGGCGACGCAUACUCGGACCUGCCGCGCUUCCCUGAACUCGUUGACAGCUCUGACCUGUGCAAGCGCUGCGGCCGCGAGGAGUCUGCGCGCGGGCCAGAAGAUGCGCUGCUCGAGUGCGAGAAGUGCGAGAACCCGCGGCACCUGGCGUGCCUCGAGCCGCCGCUCAGCGAGGUGCCCGAGGGCGAGUGGCACUGCCCCGACUGCAUCGCCGACGCUGGCGCCGCGGGCUACCUGGAGCCUGGCGGCAAGCUCGCCGACGGCGGCUCAAAGCGCAAGGUGGAGGACGACGAGGAUGAUGAUGCGUCCAGCAAGCGCGCCAAGGGCCGGACGCCCGCAAAGAAGCGCAAGUGAAGAGCUCAACAGCGCGACAAAGUUGCGCCCGGCCUCGCAGGCCGUCCGCACCCCAUGCUUCCCGUCCGAACCUCUGCACUGCGCUGCCUCCCUGUACUCUAGCACCCUCCGUUCCUUCACCUGCAAAGCAGCCGGCAAAUCUAGGACAUCUGCAACGUC